AUGGGCCAGUCGCCUUCGAGGAGGAAUCGCCCAUUCAAGCUGAAUCAGAGCCGGCUCCUCGCUGUCGUUGGAGAGACCCUCCAGCGAUAUGGCUUGGAUCCGGCGCUCCUGCCCAGAGAAGGCGGCACAACAGAAGGGAGCGACAAAAACAGCAGAUGCAAAUACUCGUUUGCGACCGGAGUGGUCCAGUGUCGAGAGAACAAGAACAAGCACCCAACAUAUGCCCUGUUCAGAUCCUACCGUGUCCAAGAGAACCAGAAGGGACGGUUGCUGGAGGGUCCGAAUUCAGAAGGCUGCCGAGUUCCAGAAGUUUUCUGUGCUGCUGGGGCGGCCAAAUUCUUCUUGACGCCAUAUAAAAUCGGAAACACCGUCUUCUACGACGAGAUAUUCCCGCAGUCCCACCCAAUUUCUUCAUUGGCUCUCGACGAAGCACUUCGCCUCUAUGGGGAAGAUCUCGAAAUCUCAGUCUUACUGAACAUCGGACCAGGAAUCCCUGCGGACAAAGACUGUGAGGAGCUGGAUCUAAUGUCUCUCGGACCUAUCAGUCGUUUGGCCCGGAAGUUUAGUUGGCCUUUGGGCAGACGCCUCUCGCUGAGACAAAAACUGCUAUUCGUCGAGGAGGACGACGAGACGACCCAGAGGGGCUCGAAGCUCACUAGUCCAAGUGAAACCGCGCUGAAGCUGGAAAGUCAAAGACGAGAGGAUGUCCGGGCCCGACUGCAACGGAUGUAUGGGGCUCCAGGAGCUGACAAGUAUCAUCAUCUUGGGCCCGCCUAUUCCUCAGCUCGAGCUUCUCUGAAUGAUGUUCAGGCCAUCCGUCUGCCACAAUCUGGACUCAGCGACAUGAAAGAGCAGAGCAAAGCUGAGGCCGAAGGGAUUGUGAGACAGGUUUGGGUGGGUGCCGCGGCAUGA